UAAAAAUACAUGGCCGAGACAUCUCCACGUGAUUUGUCAACAUGUUCACAGGUUAUGUUAAACGCCCCUUGCUGUCAGACACGAUACAGUGCCUUGCAAACUCCCAGUGGUCCAACCUCCCGGAGUUUUGUGGUCGUAGCUGUCCCAGUCCACCACGCGUGCGUUUUGCUAGAAUAUCACAAGAAGAUGAAAUGCAGAAUUUUUACGCUGUUGAUACGAGGGUGAAGUAUGUUUGUCGCCCGGGCUAUGAGAAUACCACAGACCAGCUCCCCACCAGCACUUGUCUUGACGAUUUAACGUGGUCAGAAGUUCCCGAGCUAUGUCGGAGGAAAUCUUGUGGUAUUCCAGCAAAUCCAGAACAUGGCAAAGUUAUUACAAAUGAUCUUCUGUUCGGUGCAAAAGCAGACGUAGUUUGUAACCGUGGGUACACAUUAAAGGGAGCGUCGCCUCUCGUCUGGUGUUCCCUAAGGGGAGGUGAAGUUGCCUGGAGUCAACUUCCAGCUUGUCGGGCUAUUUCUUGUCCUCCACCUCCAGCUAUUCCCGAUGGGAAGCACAAUGGCAACAGUACGGAGGAGUUCACGUACAACUCAGUCGUGAUGUACACGUGUGACCCUGGGCUCCAGCUUGUGGGAAAUGAAACUCUUCAUUGUACAACAGAGAACAGCGUUGAUGGCGUCUGGAGCGGGUCUCCUCCUGAAUGCACGGUUAGCACUACGGCAGCGACAAACCAAACUGAACCCUUGGAAGAGAAGGUAGCAGAGAAUCCCUACUGGCUAGCAAGUAUCCUCAUCCCUAGUUGCAUUGUUCCCCCAGUAGCCCUUGGAAUUCUAGCUGGGAUCAUCAUAAGAUGGAAAGACAAUAAAAAACACUCUUAUAAUAUGCCUUUACGAGAGCACAAGAUGAAGGGAAGGGAUACACUGAUGCACCCAAAGAUAACGGAUGGUGAGAAGCAGCCCGUGCUGUGGCAUUCCUAUUUUUGCGACACGACAAGUUGCCACGUGUGUCCCACCUGCGAAGAGCGGCUGCACGCUGCCCUGGCCUCCCACGCCGAGCCCACGCACCGUGGCUGUGCCACCUGCGAGGACUGGCUGCGCGCCCAGCCCGGCACACCGUGCACCUACUCGGUCCCCAGCAUCGGCGACGGGGAGAGCCGAAGCCCAGCAGGCACGAGCUCUCCUGCCGAAGCUGCAGAUGUGCUGAGGGGCGACGGCACAGGAGAAGCCGUUCCGGAGCGGAGCGAGGCAGAGCAGCCCAUGGACCACGAAAGCAACCAUCACGUCUGCCCCAUCUGUGAGAACUGGGUGCGCGCCCACCUCGGCCAGUGUGAAAGCCAUCCUGCGGUGCCUGGGGAGCGGACGGGGGGGCCCUGCCAGCAGGACAAGGGCUCGGUAUCAGGGUAA